AUGUCGUCGCAGCUUGGUGGCGGUGGAGACUGCGGCGCGCCCUUGGAGCGGGCCAGGGGAGGAGCGUCGAAGGUGGCCAUGUUGAAAGUAUGGGGUCAUAGCCUUAUAGGGUCCAUCGAUGAGGCGAUGUUGGGCCCUUUCGCCGGGUCACGUCUCGGAGUUGUCGUUUCCAUUGCGCGCGCAACCGCGGGAGGGUCGCGAUGGGAGCUGGUCGGGCCAGUGCGACAGGAGAGCGCAUCACCGCUGCAGGUGAUCUUGCGCCACUUUGAGAACCACGCCCGGGCCCUGCGGCAACGACCGACGUUCAAUGAAUUGAGUCCCCGAGGCCGGGCCGGAGCCGAGGCAGGGAGCCCGCCCCGAAGCAAGCGGUCGUCAGCGCCGGAUUGCAUCGACGACACAGUCUCUCCCCUCCGCCCCGCGUCAUCUGCUCGCGUCGCCGAGCGCGUUCUGUCGCUCUUCUUCAUGCACUUCGUCUGUCUCUACCGAGUCGCUUCAAACGCUAUCCCACAUGCAAAACACGAACCCCUUCCUCCCCGCGGGAAACGACCUGGAAAAAGCGAUGCCGUUACGGAUCAGGACAUACGUAAGAAUGGAGAGUCGGCUUGCGCUGAGUGUUAG